UCUUGAGAAAAUUGUGAUGUGGAAAAUAAAAACAGAAAUAUUCUAAAUAUUUGAUUUAUAUUAAAAAACGAGAUCUUGCUCGAGAUAAUGGCAUAGAAAUGAGUACCACAGUCCUGCCUUAAUUUUUACACGUAAGAAAUGGAUCGAAGCAGUAGAAGUGAGUUGGUAAAGACCAUUGAGGAACAGAGAGAGAAGAUUGAACGCUAUGAAAAAAGAUUAAGAGAUUUGGUUGCUGCCUACAAAGGUACACUUAAAGAGAAAGAAGCCUUGCAGGAGACAUUGAGUGCUCUCACUGUGAGCCAACCUGAACCUCCUCCUCCGACCACAGGUUCUCAACCACAGAAUGCUGACUCGCCGGAUAACCAGGCAAGUGGUGAUUCUGAUCAGGAUCACCCGUUACAAGAUAACAGUACAAAAGGAGCUACCAGAGAUGUGGACCAGAUGACAACAGAGGUGCUACAUCUGAAGGAGAAAUUGGCAACUUUGACAAACUCCCUCUCCACUCUGAUGCAGGAGAAGUCAACCAUGGAGAAGAAAUAUCAAAGUGAGAAAAAGACAAUGAGGCAAGCUCACGAGGAGCAAGUGAGUAGACUUGAGAAUGAACUGGCAACACAGAACAAUGUUAACAUGGAGAUACAGGAUAUGGCAAAUGAGGCUAAGAGCAAGUUGAUCCAGCACCAGCGAGAAAGGGAAAAGGAGCAGAUAGACCAUGCGGCUACGAUGAGAGAACUACAGAGGCUUGUAGCAGCAGAACGAAUGUCAAAAGAAUAUUUUGAACAACAGGUUGACACCUUGAAGGAGAAAUUAUCAGAGUACAAAGAUGUGCCUGACCCUGCUGUGGAAUAUCAAGAAAAAAUUGACAAGAUGAAUGAAGAGAUGGAAACAGUACGCAGAAGGCUCAAGCAAUCUGAAGAGAAAGCUUCUGAACCUUCACCAUUGUUGCUACAGUUACAAACUGAAAUGGCUGAGAUGAAGGCCCAUCAUCGUAUAGCAGUGCAGCAGGAACAGAUGAGAGCUAACAAGGCAGAGGAGAGCAUGAGACUUGUAGCAGAGCAAGGAGAGGAACGAGUGUGUGGGUUGGAAUCAAAGCUCUCGGAACUCUCUGAGGUGGUUGGCAAUUAUGAGAGAUUACGCUAUCAGGAUCAGCUUGCGAUUAGUAAACUCCGGGACCGUGUCACACAGUUGGACUUAGAGAAUACAGCUUUAGCCAGAGCUGCUCAUACCUCUCCUGAUGACCCUGAUCUGUUAAAUGAUGAUGAUAAGAAUCUGGACAUACAAGCUUUAGUUGAGAAGAUGGUCAAGUUAAAAGGCAUGUUGAAGUUGGCAAAUGAGCGCUCGGAGAAACCAGUUAAUGUUGAAGAGCUACUCAAGACAAUUGACAUCAGUGUGGUAGAAGAGACUAAUGUACACAAACACUGCCAAGAGGAGUAUACCUGUCUCAAAGAAGAGUUUGAGAAAUAUAAAUUAAGAGCACAAUCUGUACUGAAGACUAAAACGACAAAGGAUCCUGGUGUUGCCAAGGAGACAGAUGUGUUGCGUAACCAAGUGCUGGAGCUCAAGGAUAGAAUCCGUGGCUUACUCACAAAUUCAGAAGAGGAAGAAAAAUCACAUAGAAAAACUGUUGAAGACUUGCGUAAAAGCAUUGCAAGUAUACAGGACCGUCAUGAGGAAGAGCUGAAACAAGCUGAAAAUGACUAUAGAGGGCGUGCCAGUGAACUAGAGGAAGAGUUACAUAAACAUCGAGAUAGAACUAUUGCGUUACUUAUAGAAAAAGAUCGGGAGAUCGAGGCAAUAAAACGACAUAGGUCUAACAGUCCUGGACCAUACACCACAGACAUAUCUUCUGGGUUUACAUUUAAAAGAGCAACAUCUCAAAGUGACUCAGAAAGUGAUAGUGCAUCUGCUCCAGAAUCUUCUUCAGUCUCACAGCUAUUCAUUCGCAGUCCACAUAAUACACCCUCCCAGGGGGAGGUAUCAUUAUUACAUUUUAACCAGGAACAAGCGAGGCGGGAAGUGGAAAUCCAGAAUUUACGAAAACAAAAACAUUCCACAGAAAGUGCUCUAAGAGACUUACAGCUUUCCUCAGUUGCAAAGGCUGAAAAACUUAAUGAACAUAUUGACUCUUUAAAGGAGGAAAUUCGAAAAUUAGAACGUAAUAAAUCUAGGGAAAGUGCAAAUUUGGAAUAUUUAAAGAACGUAGUGUACCAGUACAUGGUCUGUAAAGAAACGACUGGGAAAAAACAAAUGUUGCGGGCUAUCGCAACCAUAUUACAAUUCAGCCCAAAAGAGGAGAGAGCAGUACAUGAGUAUAUAGUACGAUGGUGGGGAUAUUCAAUGUAAAUCAUCAAAAUCAUUACAAUUCAGCCC